CCGUGAGGGAGGGCCCUGCUUCCGGCUGCGGGCAUAGGGCUGCUGCGAGCUGAGUUUGCAAAGGCGAUAAGAAAGAGCAGUGGAUGUGGAGCUGAGCCCCCAUGCAGCAGCCUCAGGCACUAAGCGCGCACACCGGGAGGACGGGGACGGCCGGGCCACCGCCCCUACUAUGUGGGCGCCCUCAUCAUCUUGAUCGGCAGCUGUACCGGUGCACCUAUUAAUUUUAGCUUUUUGCUUCACCAUAAGAUCUGCUUGUGCUAGGAGUGGGAUCCCCAUGCGGUGUUAGUGCCGGUUUGCCAUGCUGGCCUGUCUACCAGGACCAGGUGACCUCUCCUUCCAGCUUCUUUCUAACCCGCAGAUGAACACUGGACUUCAGAAAUGGGAUACUACACAGAAGAUGAGAUCUGCUCAGCAUCCUACUCCAGCAGAAUUGGAUGCUUAUGCUAAGAAGGUUGCCAAUAAUCCCCUGACAAUAAAAAUAUUUCCAAACAGCGUUAAGGUUCCUCAGCGUAAACAUAUCCGCCGCACAGUGAACGGCUUAGACACGUCAGGUCAACGGUACAGUCCGUACCCUUCACAAGUUAGCACAAAGACAGGACUUUUGGCAAUUGUAAAGUCCCCUGCUAAAGGUGUUUUGAAGGACUUUGACGGCACCCGUGCUCGCCUAUUGUCAGAGUCUAUGAUGAAUCCCCCCUCUUCUCCAUACGUUGCACCUAGCACUUUAAAUCACCCACAGGGACUUUCACGUCCCCAGCAAACUUUGCAGCAUGCUCAGGCCCUGCAGCAUGCUCAGAACAUGCAACAGACUUUGACUCACUCUCAGAGCAUGCCUCCUGGACUACAGCACCCACAAAGCCUGCAGCACCCACAGACAUUACAGCACCCUCAGGGCAUGCCUCAAGGACUGCAGCACACUCAGGGUCUGCAAAACACACAGAGCAUCCCCCAGUCACAGACACUGCAGCACCCACAGAGUGUGCAACAUGCACAAAGCAUACCACAGCCACAGGCACUGCACCAUGGGCAGGGCAUGCCACAAACAAUGCAGCGCCAGAGCUUGUCUCAGACAUUGCAGCACCAACCGAACCUACCCCAGUCCCUGCAGCACUCUCAAAAUAUGUCUCAAGCUUUGCAGCACACACAGGGAAUGCAGCAUCCUCCUAACAUAGGGCCACAGCACUCCCAAAGCAUGACUCAACAGCCUGCUCUGCAGCAUGCACCUGGUAUGGCACAUCAAGCUCUGCCACACUCUGCCAAUUCCCUCUUGCAACCAGGUUUGCUUGGAGCCCGAAAGAUGCCAGAUGCAGAUGCGCCACCGAAUGUGACAGUGUCUACCUCAACAAUCCCCCUCUCAAUGGCUGCCACCCUGCAACAGAACAGACCACCAGACCUGGGUAGCAUUGUGCACCAGAUUAACCAGUUCUGUCAGGCCAGGGCUGGUAUAGGCACUACCUCAGUGUGUGAGGGACAAAUUGCCAACCCCAGUCCUAUUAGUCGUAACCUGCUUAUCAAUGCAAGCACCAGGGUCUCUACUCACAGCAUCCCUAUGCCUUCCUGUGUAGGAACAUCUGUAGACCAUGCUGCUGCUGCUGCUAUUUCCUCUGCUGCCUCGGGGAGUGUCCCCAUGGUGAACAUGAGCAGAGUGCCUACUUCAUAUGCUAAUGAUCUGAAACCCCUUGCAUGGAAUCAACACCAGCUGGCCCAUCUUCAGCAAAUGUGUGGAGAAGCUGGUGGGCAAGCUGGUAAACACGCUCAGAGAGAACUUUCCACCCAGGGAUUUCCUGGCAAGUCAACAUCCUAUCCACAAGAACUGUGCAUGAGCCAGUCUUUUGGCCUGAAGCCUCCAAUUGAAAAGCCUACCCCUUCUCCUCCUGUGAAUGGAUUACCAGGUCCCUUGCCAUAUACCAAUGGGCACUAUUUCCAACCCUUAUGGAAUAACAUUUUGCCUACCCCAAACAGUGACAGCUCCGGAUCACAAGACCUUGCCAUGCCUUUCCAUGGCGGACAGCAACCUGGUGCACCUCUUGAUUGUGCUGCAGGAACUCACUAUAGAGGCUUUGGGGCAGGAUCUUCUGGCCAGAACAGCAUGAUGCAGACCAUGGAAUACCUAAGCGGGACAGAUUUUCAGCAGUCUUGCUUCAGAGAACAGGGAAUGCCACCCCUUGGAAAGGUUCAACGAACCUCAAUGAGCAGAGCCCCUGAACCAGCAGAUAGUCGAAGUAUUCAUGUUCAGCAUCCAGGGUAUAGAUAGGCUAUUGUAGCUUUCAAAAUCUGCAGAGGGUUUAGUCUUCAUUUUAAUUUAAUUAGCAAGACUCCUGUAUCCCCUUCAACUGUCAAACUUUGUUGUGAUCAUUAUAAGCAAAUCUAGCCACUUGGUGCUGUAAUUCCUAAUUGCUAUUUUUUUUUUAAUUAUAAAGUAUUUUUUUUGUUAUCCCUCUGUGACUGAGCAGCUGAGUUGUUGUGCAAUUCUUUGCUGGUGUCAGAACACUGAUGGGCUUUAACAUGCUGCUUAGUUUUAUCAUGGGAACACUAAGACAUUUAAAGUGUUAUGCAUUAUUUAAAUUUAUUUAAAGGGUUUUACCCCGUGUUGGUUGAGAGAUUCACUUUCUUUAACCCUUUUAGGGACACCGAACAAAAUCUGUUCAGAUGUUGGCUGUACAGUGUCUGCCCAUUGUUACAUUUUAAAUAGCUUCUUCGAUGCACUGGUAUUAAUAUAUUGCCAUUAAAUUUUGAUACAUUCUGAGCUUUUCCAGUUUUCUUCCAAUAAAGGUUACUUUUUUUUUUUCUUUUUUUUUUUUUUUUAAAUGUAGUACUGGAGAAAGAAUUGGUGGCAAAUCAAAAAGGUUUUGCAAAGGAAUUUUCAUAUACUAUUAAUUAUAGGGCCAUUUAAUCUAUUCCACUGGGUCAUGUCUGGGGGUAUGUGGCUGCUCUUCUUAAGAGAAAUUCUAUUACUAAACAUAGCUAAAGGCAUUCUAGGGAACCGCUGCACUUUGCAUCUCCUGAGCAGGAUACUAGAUGGUGAGCGAUUUUUAGAAACAUGUAGCUGCCAAUUAAUUGGCGUUCCCUGCCCAGGAACCUUUAGCAGGUUACCAUUCCUGAGCAGGUCUUGAGCUGUGUUUUACACUUUUGGAAGUUAAACACAUCAUUGGAAUAGACAUAAAUGCAUGUAAUCUUUUUGCAUUAAAUUUCUUCUUACAAAUAGAUUUUAAAUUGUCAGCAUACACACACACACUUUUUUUAUGGGUGAUUUAGCGUUUUGUUUACUUCUCUGUCCGCUGACUUUUUUCCCUUUCCCCUACUUUAGUGUUUUUAUAUAGCCUAGCCGCUGUAGUGCCUUAUUUCAAUCUGGUAUAAAGAUUGCUUUUAACCAGUUGCCAGAGAUGGCAGCAGCACAUUUCCAAGCAAUGUGUUUGAGCCCUCGCUAGCAGCAAUUUUUAUCAUUGGCAAAAUAUUGUAUUUAUAUUUACUGGUUUGUUUGCUAUACUCCUUUGGUCAACAUUUGGAGAGUUACAUUAAACCUUAUCUUUAGUUUGUACACACCACUAAUCAGUAUUAAUUAAAAUUAGAUGCUUUGUAGUUGUACUGUAGAAUGUACUGAUGACUUGCAGUAGUUAGAGCAGAUCUCUUCCUUCAUGCCAGCUAGCAGUCAGUGUGAAAGCUCCAGUCCUGUCUUAUCUACUCAACUAUAGUGACCAAACACCCACUGCACUAAAAACCAAACCUAUUACAUGGAUAUUUUUUCGGAUCUAAACCUACUUCGCUGUCAUUCCUUUGGAGCCUUUCAAAGUUCCCUACCCUUUCUCUUGUGUUUACAGUAUCAAUUGUAGCAAUCACUAGUGCUCCUGAAGUCCUGUGUACUGCUGACUGAAGAUUAAUACUACAUGCAAGCAAGUUUUGUGAGAUGUUUCUUAUGCACAAGCAGCGAUUUAUAGAGGACACGGAUUGUAUUAGUGUUAAAUGAUUAGGAAAGCUUUUAUACAGCGACCGUUAUGGCUGUAGUUGAUGGUGACUCUUGUAAAGGGUACAAACUAGAGUGUACAAACAUCACAGCAAUAUCCAGAAUUGUCUUUUACUUAAAGGCCCCAAGGCAGAACAUGCUGUGCUCUGAGAUGUCAUUGCAGACAAUGCAGCAGGUCUGCAGAAAGAACUGGACACUUGCAGGAGUUUAGUGCUUUCGCUUUGAAGAUUUGCUUCACAUCAAGCUGUUCUCUACAAAGAGCACUGUGCUCUGGCUGUACUGUAUAUGUUUUCCUUAACACAGUGCAGACCUAGCGAAGCACUUUUUGCAGUGCUGCUCCAAAUUUUUAAAGCAGCAGCACAGGGAUUUAUUUUUAUAACCCUACCCCCUAGUCUUUCCUGGUGUGCAGAGCUGUGACUGCUGAGAGUAAGAUGUUAUUGUGAGCAAUGCACCUUUUCUGUUACUACAUUUUACCCUAUUAUGUGAUGUUAGACCUAGAACAAAGGAAAACAAAUUCAUUCAAGAUGUCAUGAAAACCCAAUUUCUUUUCUUUCAUGCAAUUUUAAACUACUUAACAGUUUACUUCUAUCUAAUUUGCUUCAUUCUCCUGAUAUCAUUUGCUGAAAAGCAUAUCUAAAUAGGCUCAGUAACUUCUGAUUGGUGGGUGCACAUAGAUGCCUCGUGUCAUUGGCUCACCCAUGUGCAUUGCUAUUUCUUCAACAAAUACAUCUAAAGAAUGAAGGAAAUUAGGUAGUCGAAGUAAACUGGAAUGUUGUUUAAAAUUGUAUUCUCUGAGUCAUGAAAGAAAAUUUUCGGGUUUCAUGUCCCUUUAACUUUUUUUUCCUCUGCAGCUAAUUUGCAAUACAAUUUUCAGCUGUUGCAAUAUUUUAUCAAACUUAAAAAAAUCUUUAUUCUCCAGUUAAUAAACACAUUGCAAUUGAGCUGGUGCUUUUGUUGUAAAUGCCUAAUUUAAAAUUGAGUUUCAAAAUUACCUGCAGAAAAGUGUUGUGAAAAAACAUUUAAUCGUAGAAAGUGGGGAGAAAGUUUUGCCUUUGGGCUUAAAGGGACAGUAUACACCAAUUUUCAUAUAACUGCAUGUAAUAGUCACUACUAUAAAGUAUAAUAUGCACAGAUACUGAUCUAAAAAUCCAGUAUAAAACCUUUUAAAAACUUACUUAGAAGCUCCCAAUUUAGCACUGUUGAAAAGUUUAGCUGGAACACCCACUGUAAGUUGUUCUAUAGCAAAAAAAAGCAGACCCCCCCCCCCCUUUCCUCUGCAUAUGAAAAGUCUUAUGUAAAAAAAAAUAGUGUAUAAUGUCCCUUUAAAGUGACAGUAAACAUAGAUUUUUAUAUAAAAUUCUGUGUAAUAAAACUUUAAUUUUUGCUCCCUUUUCACGUCAUUUAGCUCUGAAAAUGUUGUAUUUUUUGAUUCUCUGAACUGGAAAUACAACCUGCUCACUUCUCAGACAAUUAGUGAAAGAUAUGUAGCAGGGAUAAGCUUAACAGAUAACAGCAAAAUGUAUUUUACACUAACAAUAUGACCAUGACUAGUCUUGUCAGCUGCUAAGGUUUCCAAAUAAUGAAAUUGGGGGAGUUUGGCUAUUGAAAAACUGCUGCUCCCAUCAAGGUGUUGAUUUGUUUUAAAAAAUUAAAAAACUUCUAUACUCAAAACAUAAAUGUCUGUCUUGUAAUUGCAAGGUAUUUACUGUCCCUUGUCACUUGUGCUAUAUUAGCCUUCUAUUGAUCCAUAUCUUGGGCUGGACAAAUGCCUUGAGCCAAAAUUGAGUUUAACUUCUGCCUACUACAUUUAUGGAUUUAGCCACAUAGCUAUAUAAUGUAUAUGAUCCUUGUUGAACUCAUGUUGUCUUUGGAAGUUGUAAGUUCGUCAACCCCUAUCUUAAAGGGACAGUUUACUCUAGAUUUGUUAUUGUUUAAAAAGAUAGCUAAUCCUUUUAUUACCCCUUCCCCAGUUUUGCAUAACUAACAGUUAUAUUAAUAUACUUUGUACCUCUGUGAUUGGCUUGUAUCUAAGCCUCUGCAGACUGCUCCUUAUGUCAGUUAUUUUGACAGACUUGGAUUUUAGCCAAUCAGUGCCCUCUCAUAAGUAACUCCACGGGCGUGAGCACUGUUAUCUAUAUGGCACACAUGAACUAACUCCCUCUAGCUGGGAAAAACUGUCAAAUGCAUUAAGAGGCUUAGAAAUUAGCAUAUGAGCCUACCUAGGUUUUAGCUUUCAACUAAAAAUUCCAAAAGAACAAAGCAAAUUUGAUGAUAAAAGUAAGUUGGAAAGUUGUUUAAAAUUGCAUGUCCUAUCUGAAUCAAUUGAAUGUUUGACUAGACUGUCCCUUUAAUAAUAAUGCUUUAUCAUGUUGCUACUCAUUUUGACUUCAUGUUUGUAAAGCAGACUGGAUAUUCUGUAUGCAUAAAAUUACUAUCCUACAUAUGUGCACCCUCUUUGCAAGACUGUGAAUUGGUUGUGUUUGGGAGGGGGGUUAGACAAAAAAAAAUACAAUCUUUAAUGCCCUUCUGGUUACUUUCUGAGAAUGUUUGGUGACAGAUUGUUCAAUAUAGCUGGUAAAUAGUACAUAUAUAUUAAAAAUUGAACACAGACUUUUGAGUAUUAUGUCCCUGCUAUUUUUCUUGUGAGAAAUGGAUGUUCCUGCACUGAUUAACCCCUUAAUGACCGGACCAUUUUUCAAUUUUCUUACCCUUAAUGACAAUGGCUAUUUUUACAUUUCUGCAGUGUUUGUGUUUAGCUGUAAUUUUCCUCUUACUCAUUUACUGUACCCACACAUAUUAUAUACCGUUUUUCUCGCCAUUAAAUGGACUUUCUAAAGAUACCAUUAUUUUCAUCAUAUCUUAUAAUUUACUAAAAAAAAAUAAUAAAAUAUGAGGAAAAAAUGGGAAAAAAACGCACUUUUUCUAACUUUGACCCCCAAAAUCUGUUACACAUCUACAAUCACCAAAAAACACCCAUGCUAAAUAGUUUCUAAAUUUUGUCCUGAGUUUAGAAAUACCCAAUGUUUACAUGUUCUUAGCUUUUUUUGCAAGUUAUAGGGCCAUAAAUACAAGUAGCACUUCGCUAUUUCCAAACCACUUUUUUUCAAAAUUAGCGCUAGUUACAUUGGAACCCUGAUAUCUGUCAGGAAUACCUGAAUAUCCCUUGACAUGUAUAUAUUUUUUGUUAGAAGACAACCCAAAGUAUUGAUCUAGGCACAUUUUGGUAUAUUUUAUUCCACCAUUUCACCGCCAAAUGCGAGCAAAUAAAAAAAAAAACUUUACAUUUUUCACAAUUUUAGGUUUCUCACUGAAAUUAUUUACAAACAGCUUGUGCUAUUAUGGCACAAAUUGUUGUAAAAGCUUCUUUGGGAUCCCCUUUGUUCAGAAAUAGCAGACUUAUAUGGCUUUGGCAUUGCUUUUUUGUAAUUAGAAGGCCGCUAAAUGCUGCUGCGCACCACACGUAAAUUAUGCCCAGCAGUGAAGGGGUUAAUUAGGUAGGUUGUAGGGAGCUUGCAGGGUUAAUUUUAGCUUUAGGGUAGAGAUCAGCCUCCCACCUGACACAUCCCACCCCCUGAUCCCUCCCAAACAGCUCUCUUCCCUCCCCCACCCCACAAAUGUCCCCGCCAUCUUAAGUACUGGCAGAAAGUCUGCCAGUACUAAAUAAAAGGAGUUUUUUUUUUUUUUUUUUUUUUAAUAAAAAAAUAAAAUAUUUUAGCUGUGAUGGACUCCUGCCUUAGCCCCAACCUCCAUGAUCCCCCCCCCCCAGCUCUCUAACCCUCUCCCCUAUCUAAUUGCGGCCAUCUUGGGUACUGGCAGCUGUCUGCCAGUACCCAAUUUGCACAAAAACAUAAGUAUUUUCUGCUUUUUUUCUUUUUUGGGGGGUUUUCUGUAGUGUAGCAGCCCCCCACAAUACCCCUACCCCCCUCCCCCUCCCAGAUCCUUUUAUAUGAUUUAAAAAAAUAUAUAUUUCCCCCCCCCCCUCUUCCCUCAUUGGUGUCAGUGGCCAGCUAAUGCGCGCGCACAUGCGCCCCCGCGCGCUCCCACCUCCCUGUUGCGCUCCCACCCACCAACAAACUACCGGUGCAGAGAGGGCCACAGAGUGGCCCUCUCUGCAUCGGAGUCUUCUAAAAAGGUAUUGCAGGAUACAAAAUAUAAUAUGUACUUUAAUUACUUUACCUGCAAAUUUAUACUGCAGUGCCUCGACAUUAACCCUUUCUUUUUCUGAAUUGUAAAGCUCUAACUCCCCCCACACAAUUCCUUUUAUGGCUGUAUCUAUAUUGUUCUUUUGGUAGAAGGCAAACGUGAAUAGGGAUUAUCUGCUGGAGUAUGCCUAGAAGCUGUGAAAUACAAUGCCUGUGUCUAAACACAGCUGUGUAAAUUAAAAGUGAAACUACCAGGAGGUACAUUAAAGGGACAUAAUACUCACUGAAUCACUUGAAAGUAAUGCAGCAUAACUAAAAAGCUGACAAGAAAAUAUCACCUCGGCAUCUCUAUGUAAAAAAAAAUGGAAGAUGUUUUACCUUAAAAUUUCUUCAGCUUACCAAAGUGCUGUGUUGUCCAGCUACAAGUUAAUAAAAAAAAAAGAAAAUGAGCAGUGCUAAUGUAAUGCUUAGCCUUUGCUGUGGUUUCAUAUAACUUACUGAAUAGGAAAAUAACAUGACUGUGCCUGCACAUGACAGAUGCACACUCCCUUGAAAGUCCUAGGACAAGCAUCCUGACUGGCUGAUUAAAGGGACAUAUGUGCAUAUACUAAAAGGGCUAAUUGCUUAAAAUAGCUUGCAUGAAAAAAUGGUUCAAAAAUUGCUGGCAAGUAUUUAAAAAUAUUGAAAAAUAAGAAAAAUAUAUUACUUAGGUAAGCUGCCGGGAGAAGCUAACUCCACCCCCUUAUUGUUUAGACACAGGCAUUGCAUUUCAACUGAGUUCACAGCUUCUAGGCAUGCUCCAUCAGAUAAUCCCUAUGUAGUUUUGCAUUCUACCAAAACAACAAUUGAUAUAGAUACAGCCAUAGAAGGAAAUAUGUGGGGGGAGUUAGAGCUUUACUAAUUUAUAAACUAAAAAGAAAGGGUUAAUGGCGAGGCACUGCAGUAUAAAUUUGCAGCUAAAGUAAUUAGUAAGUACAUAUUAUAUUUUGUCUCUAUCCCACUUGUUUUAUGUCCCUUUAAAGUCUCUUUACAGUGGGGUGUAAAAAAAUGAAGAUAUUUUUCCUCAAACUUCCUGAGAUGUUCAGUUAAUAUAUAUAUAUUUUUUUUUUUUACAGCUAUGCUGCAUCACUUUCAUGUGCUUCAACAUUUGGGUGUGCAGGAAAGCUACUUUGUAAAGAUUUGAAUGUUGCAUAUAGUACUGCACUUACUGUAUGAAACAUCUUCUCUUUGAGUCUCAGUAGAUGGCAAUUGGUUUCUUGUAUUAAUAUUGUGAAUUUGCAUCUUAGUGGCUCUGUGCAUCUGUUGUAAACUAAUGUGUGAUACUUGUGCAUUAAACUUUGAUACCAAGAAAUUUUAAUGACUACUGAUUUUAAACCGUGCCGUCUCCAAAUUGUGGCAGUUAAUUCUUAAAUUCUAUAAGAACAGCACUGAAGAGCAGUUAUUCACACUGAUUGUGCUAGAAAUAUCAAGUUUGAUUCCAGAAUUUAUUUUCUUAUAAAAUUAACCCAUUAUUUAUUUAAUUUUUGUACAUUUCCUGAAGAAAAGUUUCUAAUGAAAACUAUGGAAAUUAAUUACAUAGCACAUACUUCUGUUUUGUUGUUGUGUUUUUGUUUUUUAAAUCGGAACGUGCAAAAAGUAAUUUUUAUUUAGUGGGCACUGGGAUCUGCUAUUCCAGCACUGUGUCCUACGUGACUGCCAGCCCAUGAACAAACUUGAGACAUGAAUAUGGAUACUUUGGUGCUGAAGUUUUAGCAACCAAUACCUUUAAAAAAAAAAAAAAAACCUUUAAAUUCUGGUGUUUGAGCAGCAAUAAGCAAGUGUAUAAAGUUUAACUUUCUAUUGUUUUCCGUUGAAAAUAUCCAUUUUAAUAAUGAAAGCAUGAAUCCUCUCAACUCUUGCAUUUAUUUUUUUUAAAGUAGGAACAUUAAAGAUGGAAACUGUUUUCCUGGAUUAUAAGCACUGGAUGGUUAUCUUUGACCCUAGAGCAUUGCCAUUCCAUUUGAUGAUGUAGAAUAUUUGCUCAUUUUUAAACGGCCCCAAGCACUACUUGAAAUUGUUUACGUAAAUCAGUCAUUUUGUUUUUGUAAAUCUAAAUGAGCUUGUGAAAUACACUGUGAAGUACUAUAUUUUAGCGUCUGCCCCAUGGGAGCCAAAGGGUUGCAUUUCAUAAAAUAGAGAUAAAGGGGCUCUUUAUAAGCUGCUAGGCUUUGUGAACUGUGAACGAUUGUGUAAAUAUAUAUAGGCCUUUCAAACUUAGACUGUUCUUGGUUUUUGGUUUUUUAAAUCUAAAAACAAUGAUCCCUUUGAAACAUUUACAUUGUGUUAACCCAGUUUUUAGUUUCUCAUUUUAAGUAAAAAAGAAAAAAAAAUAGCUUUGUGCUAUUUUUUGUGAUAGAGGAGAUGGCAAUAUCUAGCUGACAAUUUUGACAGAUUUAAAUGUGCCCUUUUUUUUUUUGAAAGGUUCAAACACUAUAGGAGAUUUUUAAACUGCAAUAAAUAUGUACAUUUCAAAACUGUGCUUUAUUUUUAAUGAUUGAAGUUGGUUGAGUUCACUUUUAAGCCCUUCUGAUGUUCAUGUGUAAUUAUUUAAAAACAUGUUAUUUUCCCUUUUAUGGAAAGAAAUUAAAUGUUGCUGGAACGUUGUUUGUUGUGCUGUUUGAACCGUAUAAGUUAAUGUUUUAUAUAAGGAACACUACAUCUGUGAGCAUAAACUUUGAACAGCACAGUAGCAACAUCUUGCCAUGGUGUUAGCCAGCAACUGUUGAAGAAAGACUUAUAAUGAUCACAAUGAAGUUUGAGAUUUGAAUGUUAAAAUUGAAAAUGUAAUACUUUCUAUGUACACUGGCUAAAAGUUAAUGCUAUACUACUGUAACAAAUUGUAAUAUUUCUGUAAGAAUGUUGCUUGUUAGUGUGGGUUUGAGUAGACGUGUGAGUGAACCUACUGCCGUCACUGGCUGCACCCCUCACCAACCUUCUGAAAGAGAACGAAGCCUUAAGUAUUUGCCUCUUUAGCGUUAUUUGUUUUGUUUUUUUUUCAGACCUGUUUUACUCAGUUUCACCCUGUCUUGAUUCCAAUAUUUGCAUGCACAUUUGCUAUUUAAAAAAAAAUAAAUAAAAAUCUGUCAAGUUGACCUUAUCACUAUAAAGGUAUUAAAGCAGCACUCCUAGAUCAAAUUUCAUGGUAUAGUAUUUAAAAGAAAUGAAAUAUGGGAACUUACUUUUAUGUUAACAGGCUCCUCGGAGUUUAAACAAACCCCUGUCCCAGUUUCUGGAAAUAUACCAGCUUGUGCCUGCUGGAUCCUUGUUAUGAAUAUCAUAUUGAUAACUUGCCUCUUGUAUCAUUUAUUAAUAAAUAUUGACUCAAAAGACCAGCAGUGCUAGCAGCAAGUCAAUACUUUUCAAAAUAAAUUACACGUUUAGUUAACUAACAUUGUCCCAUUUUAUUCAAAUUAUUUCUUGCAGCAAAUUGGUCUAAAUAUUUAUAUUAUACACAUUUUUUUCAUCUCAUGGUUUCAUAGUAAGCAGCAAACUUGUUUUUCUUCAUUUUUAACAAAAAAGGUUCCCCCCCCAAGACAAAAAACAUGAUUACAAUCUUUUAACAUGUGUGCAGCCGAGAGGGGGGGGGGGGGAGAUGCAAAAUAAAGUAAAUGUUUUGAAGUUAAAUACUAGGUGGAUAGAUAUUUAGGUUUUCUACAAUAGUAGAAACAUUAGACCAUUUUUUUUUAGGUCGAGUAGAUCUUGAAGAUGCAUUUAAUAAAAACAACCUUUGUGCUUCUCAAAACAUUGCCUUUCUCUCUAGAUGUGUGUUGCUGAAAGCAAUACAGUUUCCUUAUUUAAUGUGUCUGUCUGUAUACUACUAUGGUAUUCAGAAUUAAAUCCUAUGCCAAAGGGAUGCUACAUUGCUAGCUUCCAUGGGAGGGGUUGAUGGUGGAUGUAUCAAGCAUGGUAAAAAUCUGAAUUAAAGACAUUAUGUGUUGGCUGGUGUUGCCUUAUAUUUACAAUUGUAAACAUGCAUAUAUUCUGCCAAAUACCCGACAUUCUAAUUUAUUUCCAUGUCUUCUCUGUCAUAAGUAAUUUGUUUGUUGUACUGGAAAAACAGAACCAAGACUUAACAUUUUCAUGUCUUACAAUAUUAACAUGUUUUACCCAGAAGCCACGGUUUUCUCAAUUCAUUGCAUUUCUUGCCAGGGUCCUGAUUAUUUAAAUAAAAUAUCCUGCUUUCUUGGAUACUGUAAGCUGUAUUUUACCAUCCAAAUACAAUCCACCUCUUCUAAUAAAAAAAAUUUAGAAUCCUCACCUCCCAUUCUGUUGGUGUGCUGCUGAGGUGAACCUA